AAAAUAAAUAUGGAUGGAUUAUAACCACAGGAACGCAAUGUUCUCUCUGAGAAUUGUAACCACUGACGCCUAUCAAGCUGUUCCCAUUCCUGGUUUAGAUGUCUGCCACUCCGACUUCAGUGGGACCGAGACCAAAUUUGUGCCCGUGAUAAGGAUAUAUGGAUCCACACCUGCUGGACAGAAAUGCUGUAUGCAUGUUCAUGGUCUGUUUCCCUACUUGUAUGUGCGUUAUGAUGGCUCCCAACCUGUGGACCGCUACCUGAAGCAGGUGGCAUCGAGUAUAGAUCGGGCAGUAAAUGUGGCCUUAGGAAAUGCUAGUUCAGCCAAGCACCAUGUAUAUAAAGUGUCAUUGGUUUCUGCCAUACCAUUCUAUGGUUUUCAUCCCAAAGAGGAGUUAUUUCUGAAGAUAUACCUUUACAGUCCUAAUAUGGUAAAGAAGGUAGCAGAUUUGCUCCAAGGGGGAGCCAUAUUGAAUAAACCCUUCCAGCCUCAUGAGACACACAUUCCAUUUAACCUGCAGUUCUUCAUUGAUUACAACUUGUAUGGCAUGAACUUGAUCCAUUUGUCAGCCGUGAAGUUCAGAAGAAGUCAACAACAAGCUGAUGGGCCCAGGGGCCCUGAAGUUAAGAGGUCUGAUGACCUUUCACCUACAGCAGCUUUACUGAAUGAUAGCAAUAAAAGCAGCCUUCAUUCAAGUCAGAACAUAUGGGAUGCAGAAAACAUAGCGGAGGACAUGCUUCUUGGUGCUGAGGUGGAGAGACAAAGUACGUGCGAGCUGGAGGUCGAUGCAGUAGCAGCAGACAUUAUGAACAGGAUGGAGGUUGAUGCCAAUCUUGGUGCUAACCCUGGGCUAGUGGCUCUCUGGGAAGAUGAAAAACAGAGAAGAAAAGAAAAAGGAGAUACGUCAAAUAUUUCACCACCUGAGUCCCAAGAAAGAGGCUUCAUCCCUCCCACUGAGAGUGAUCAGAUGUUCCGCGAGAGACUUCUGGAUAUCAUAAGAAGACACCAGGCAAUUGUGCAAUCCCAAUCUCAAUCUUCUGAGGGUUCUCAAAAUAGCAUGGAGGUGGUGGAGAGUAGUGUCCCAUGUUCACCAGCCAGUGUGGUGGACUUCCAUUUGUCUGAAGAAAAUAGCCGUGCCAGUGCUGACACAGUUUUGCUUGGAGAUGAAGAUGCAGAUGAACCUGUAGUGGAUGAAAAAUGUAUACAGAGGGUGGUGUCUUUUAGUCAAAGCUUUCAGGGGUCUCCAGAUGAAAUAGACUCCCAGUGCUUAGGUGGAUCUCAAGACCAAGAGCUAGCUAAGAUUUUGGCUAAAAUGGCAGAUGACAGCUCUCCGAUAUCAUCCCAAGUGGAGUCCCAGGUUUACAAUUUGGAGGAUCAAGACAGCAUUCUCCAUGGUGGUCCUCAAACUGAGGAGGAGGAGGAGGAUCGGGAUGGAGGUGAGGGGGAGGAUGUGGAGAAGGAUAUCGAGGACAGCAUUUUGAUGUCUCAGAGUGUGUGGAAUGAACUCCAGGAGGAGAUGACUCAAGAGAGGAUAUUAGGCGAUAGUUUGGAUGAGGACUGUGAUAUGAAAAAUGUGGAGAAAACCAGCAGUGAUAGUGAGGAAGAUGAGAUUCCACAGUAUGAUGGCCCUGGUGAUGUGUCUGGUCCAACAAAGAAAAGACUUGGACCCAGAGGUCCCGUCCUUCCAUGUGGUCAAAACAAGUACCCAUUGACAUAUACAAUCAGUGCCAGCAAAUCAUUAGAAACGAGAAACUCUUUUUCUCCUGGAGAAAUUCCUCUCCCUGUUCACAAGUGCCAUGUUGUGUUGAAUGAUUUCAGAAAGGAGCAGUACACAAAAAUGAAGCCCCAACAGAAAAAUUUGAACCUUAAUUUACAAGCUCCAAGGCUAGCUAAUGAAGAGACUGGACUUCCUUUGAAUAUUCCAGAGCAGAAAUCUAAGGAACAAGGUCCUCUUAGUUCGAAGGAAGACACAGGAGUCUCUGUCCCUGAUAUUAAAAAUUCAAGCACAACAGGCAUAAAGGAGGUUAAUGCUGGAAAAAUUUGUCAGCGAAGGAGAAGUCGUGUGAGGCCUUUUAUUUCACCCAAACCUAAUUCACCCCCAUACCAAAGUCCCAGGCGAAUAGAACAACCACCAAGCACUGUUCAUCAGCAUUCACCAACUGAGACUAUCAGUCAGAGUAGCAAUGGUGAAAGUGGUCUUUAUACAGUGGAGAGUUUUGAUGCGAUGAGGAAAAAUGCCGAAAGCACAGCCAAAUUUCCAAAUACUAAGUCUACAAGUGAGACUGACAAAUUUAAAGUUAGUGAUACAAAAAGUGACCUUAAACUUUCCCAAAGGACUGUACUGCAACAGAGGCUCCAUGAUGACAGAGGAAGAGAGAUUGAAAAUGGUACAUGUAAUGCUGAAGAAGACAGCAGCUCAGCAGUAAAAACAUAUUUUCCUGUCAAAAAGAAUGGAUGUAAUUUACAAAACAAAAAGAAAGCUGUUUGCUCUGCAGAAUUAGAACCUCCCAAACUAACAAGAAUGGUGAACAGAAAGUCCUUUGAAGAUCUCUAUGAGGAAUUUAUGCCAAAUAGUCCUCCUGAUCUUAAUGAGGAUAAGCAUUCUGCAACAGUGGAUGACAAGUGCAAUAAUAAAGAUAAAAAAUUAACUGAAAAAAUGAAUUAUAAAGGACCAACAGAAAAUUUCCCAAAUUUUACUACACCGAAAAAGACUGUGGUUACCAAUACAAGUAGUAAGGAUCCCAUUGUGCAAAGGGAGGAGAACCUGUCAACUUUUGCUCAAAAAUCUCAUGUUUGCUCUGGAGAUGGCAGUCCCUCACCAAACUCAGAUUUUAAUUCAUUGCCAUUUCCCAAUAAAACGACUGUGGACUUGGGGUCGGACAAUGAGGAUGCGCCAUAUUUAGACAGCGUGGGCUGCGAUGAUUUAUUUCACUCUGACACUGCCAUAUCCUCGCCCAUGAAACCUUACUCAGAUUCGGCAAGUGUGAAAUCCAGAUCAUCAUCUGUUUCACCAACCAGGCUUGUUUUGCCGAAAGUGUUUGCCACAUACUCAAAGAAGGAACAGCAACAGGAACACAGUUUGCUGGGAGAAACACAGGAUGAAAUUUCAACCGAUUUCAAGUCAAGUCCAUUAAAAAUUACAGAACUAAGAAAGAAACUUCAGAAGUUAAAAGCUAAAACAGAUCUGAUAUCCCCUUCUAAAAGUGACAUGCAGAGAGAGGACAGCAACGGUGAAUGUCAAACAAGAACUAAACAAAGGAGUAAAUUAUCCCUGAAGAAAAAACUUGAAGAGAAACGAAAAAGGACUAGUAAAGGGAUAGACCAGGCAGAAAGACUUUGGGACAGCAGUAUUUUACACAGUAACUCUUUGAUUUUGAAUAGCACUCAAAGGUUUAGUACAGCUCUUGAGGAACCAGCAGAAUUUUCUGACCAUAAAGAAGAUGAUGACAAUGGCAGUACAACCCCUACACUGCAGCAGAAAACGGGGACAAGUCUCAAACGUUUCUAUGAUACCGAGAGUCAUAAUAAUCACAAAUCUAUGCAAAAUGUAUCUCUGGGAUCUAAGACAGGCGAAUUUGUACACCUCAACUCUUUUUGUGAUACCUCCUCAAUGCAUAAUGGUUGUGAUAAUGUUUUGGUGCCUUUAGAAGUGGUCACUCGAUUUGACAUAUCAAAGAUUGGAAAAGAGAGGCUAAAACUGAGAAAAAUGUCAAGGCAAGAUAUUCAGAAAAAAGUCCAUGCGUGUGAUUCUAGCUCUGAAACCAAAAUGGUACACACAGAUAUACAUUCUUCAGUGAAAGAAACCUCAGGAAGUGUGAUGGAGUCAAAAGCGAAAAAACUUGAUUAUUUCAAUGAAGAAACCCCUGUGCAAGGUCCAGAUUUAAAAGCAAAAGCAGAAAACAAGGAUGAGAGAGCAGAUGAGACUGAGAGCAUGGUCAGUGAGACUCAGAACAAAAACGUUAUACCCAGCAUAGAUAUUAUUGAAAAGAAUAUCAAUGAUGCCAUCGAUAAAGAUGAUGCAAAUUAUACCAGCUCAGUGGCGUCAGAGGAAUCUGCACCAUCCAAUGAUACAGACAUUGAACCGCAAGAAAAAAUGGUUGAAAUAGGGAGGGUAAUUUUUCAUGAUGUCAACUUGAGUGUUGCCAGUGUUACAUGUAAUAGGAUGGACUCUCCCAGAAUAUUUUUGUCCCCAGAAAUGGAUGCUACUGAUCAACCCAUUUUGGGCACAGAAACUAAGGAAGACCAGUCUAAGCCUCCAUUGUUAUCUGACAAUGUUACUCUCUUGAAGCAAACAGAAGAUUCUUUAGACAAUGAACUUUUUCCUGGUGGUGUUUUAAAUGGAGAUAAGAUGGUGGAGGUUGGAGCAGACGACACUUCUGAACUGGGGCCUGCUAUAAUUUUACCCACAACAGAUCACAAUGAGGUCAUAGAAAAACCACCAGUAUUACAACAAAAAGGGAAUAACACUACCCUGAAAAGUAGGACGAAAGGCAUGUUAAAGCUGAAAAAGAAAAAGUUGGAACCAAUUACAGAAGCAAUAUCAAGACAAAAUGCUUCUUUAGAGGAGACGGUAGAAUUCCCUAAUCAUGAGAAGAGCUCAGAAUCUGUUCAACAUGAAGAACUAGUUGAAAGCCCAGUUGGAAUUCCAAACCCACAAGAUAUGUCUUAUAUUUUCACAAAUGAAGAUAUUCCUUUAUCCCGCAGAAGUCAAAGAAAGAGGAAAAGAAAACUCAAGUUUGGUGCAAAUAGUGACUUUUAUGAAUUUGGAUCAAUUUCAGGUAGCUUUAGAGAGAAAACAUCAAUUGCUGCUGCUAAGAAAUUAAACAGGCCAACUUCAAAAAUGACCAGUAAGAGAACAAUAAAACCUGCAGUGCCACCUAUUAAGAUUUUGCUGGUAAAGAAAUUCAAAGGUGUGAAAGAGUUGAGAGUGGCAGUGGAGAAACUUCAUAUAGGAGUAAGUAAAACUGUCAAUGCUAAAGAUUUUAUUCAGAAAACAAACUUGAGGGACCAGAACCAGGAAGGAAUUGGAAAACCCAGGAUCAUUCCUCACAAAAAUCUUGGUCGCAUCCCAAGAAAGUACAUCACGGCAGAAAAAUUCCGUGCCAACAGUGCCUCUGUCCAUGGCUCAAACAAAAAACGAAAAUAUCACAAUGGAGCAUCUGGAAAAUUUAAGGAUAUCAACUUACCUAGUAGCGCAUGGGAUGUGAUCACAAACCAGCUGAACAAAAGAGGUGGAAAUGCUCAUAAUAUUGAACUGAAAUUUAGAAACAGUCAAGAUGGGACUGUCUUGCCAUCUCUGCUACCCCCUGAUGAUACUCCAGUGUCAAAAUUGCCCUCUUAUACAGACACCACAGAUGAUUUUCAAACCUCUUACGAUGAUGUCCUGUACAAGAUGUCAUACUUUACACCAAAGGUGGAUGAAGAAGGGAACCGAAGCCCUCCAAGACCGUGGUCCCCGUGUAGUUUACCUGAAGAAACUGAUGAUAUCAGAGACAAAAGUAAAAUCAAUACUCAACAAACAAUCGAAAGAGAUGGACACAUUUCUGCAAUAAAAUUGAAAGAUUCUAUCACUUGUGAUAACAAUUUUGAAUCAUGUACAGUAUCUACAUUAUCAGCAGAGUCGCUGUCAAAAACAAUUGUAUCUCCGCGAAAACCCAGAGAGAUUCUCAAAUCAAGAUCAUCCAUAGAUGCAACUGUGGACUCUCCACUUUGCUACGAGGGAUCUCUUCCCAUCUGCAAAUCCCCUGAACAUUGGCUAAGUGCACCUUCAUCUCUUAGCUCCAACAGCAGUGAAAGUUCAGAACUACCUUGUGGGCAGAGGAGCAGACAUUCCACCCAUAGCAGCAUUGGCGAUGUCAUUGAUUCCUCAAUACCGUACUUGGUCCCACAAACAGAUGAGAGUCUGGUGAGCUUUUCUGAUGAACCAGAUGGGACUAGCCAGCACAGUGCUGAGUAUGAGAGAUCAAGGAUGUCACCACCUACGUUAAGCCCUUCACAACCAGAUCCAAAUGCCGAUGACUCACAGCAGUCUGUAGAUAAUGAGAAUGGGCCACCAGAAUUGAUGCCUUCUGUUUCGUAUCCAGAAACUCCAAAUGAAAAAGUGAAAAAUCAUCAAAGGUUGUUCACCACAGGCUCUCAGAUAGUUUUGGAAUCUUCUUGUGAAUCAUCUACUUUUGGUGCUUUGGACAAAGGCAAUAAACUUCCUGGGAGUGAAGAAAGUCAACAUUCCCUAAAUUCUGAAAUGAGUGAAAGCCUUCUUGAUGAACCUUGCUCACCCAGAUCUUCAGUUACAUAUGGGUCUCCCUUUUGCGAAGAAAGUAAUGAUAGUUUCUUAAGUUCUCAUGCCUCUGAAGGGUCUUCAAACAGAUGUAGUGCUCCAGUGCUUGUAAGAAGUCUUUCUCCAUGUAGCAGUAAAUCAAAAUGCAGUGAAAAAGACCUGCACUCCAAUUCACAGACCUCAGCAGCAAGUGAAAACCCUCAGGUCAAAUUGACAGCUGUAAACAAAAAGACACUGUCCUCAAAGAAAAAUCUAUUCCACUCUACAGAACAUAUACCAACAGAAAGAGAAAAAGUUUCAAACAAUUCCAACAGAAGAUCUGAACCUGGGAAUAAUGUUUCUGAAACUGAUGUCAAAAGUUUAGAUGGCAUGGCUGAAUUUUUUACAAGAUACACUAUACAGUCAAAGCCAAUGGAUCUUAGCAUGGGCAAAUCUGAGUCCCGCAAAGAGACAGGUUUUGAUACCUCUACACCAAUCAAUGACGAAGAUGCAUUUCUUGAAGAAACUGAAACAGUAAAUCACACACCUUUUAAACAGAACACUACAACUCAGGUGGAUCAAACUGCAAAAUUGCCAGCUCAGGAUCAAGAUGAAUUUACUGAAUCAAGGCAACUUCCCCAUGAAAUACCUCAAUCUUAUUCUACACCUGUAUUGCCCAAAUCCUCUUUGAUUUCCACCUCUCCUGUGAAUGGCUCGGUUUCUCCUUCCAGUCCUCGUGGAAGACCAAGAUUAAAAAACCUCAACUCAAUUGUAAAUAGACUGAAGGCAAAACAGCUUAAUUUUGAUGGUGAGGAUGAGAGUGGCAUUACAAAAGAACAUGUCGGAAAAACUGAUGUAUUGGGAAAUGGCUGUGACAAGGACCCAAAUGUCCAUCUUCCUGAAGGUGACAUGCCUGCUAAAGUUGUCACCUCCCCUGACCUGUAUGGUGACAGCUUUGACAGUCCCAGUGACUUACCAGACCACAAGGACAAUGAUGAUUUAAGUAACCAGGGCAACAGUGUUGUAAUGGGUGCAAUGUCACAGGAGGUCCAGACAAAAGAUAGAGACACACCUGCAGAUAAUCUCGGGGUAUUAGCAGCUCCCGAGCCAACAGAUGCUGCAUGCACUUCUGAGGGACUGGAGUUCAACCCUACUUGCCAGAGAUCUGCCACUGUUUUGACACCAGUCAGACUUCCACCGAGCAGGGAUGAGGUUAUUAAGUCUUUGGUCAGCUUUGAUCUUGGAGAAGAACAGGUCGUUGACCCCCAUUGUAGUGUACCUCAGGACAUGCCAGAAAAACCAAAAGAGCUUGGAGGCAGAGUGUUGAAACUGCAGUCACCCCUGGUGGCAGAUUUGCCAGAUUAUAGAACUGAAUUACCCAUCACCAUGAUACAAGGUUGGCAAUUCAGAAUGGCAUCAAAAUUCUCAGGUCAAGAGUUCCUGUCUCAGGGUGAUGACUUCAGUUUGAUUGAUGAAAUCAAGAAAAAUCCUGAACUGAAGAAAAGUUUGCAUGGAAACACUAAAGUGGUGAUGACUCCAUGUAGGCCACCUCCAAAUGUCAGGUCUGUGAGGAGAUGGCUUCAUGGUAAAGGUGCAAAAGAAGAAAAGAUUCCAAAGAGUACAGACCCCUGUGAAAGUACAAAAGUGGAACCCUCUCUCUCUGACAAGAAAUCUGAGUCAUGUGAAAUUGCAAUUGAUGAAAAGGGACCAGAUGUUAUGCCAAAAACAUCAAAACCAGACUUUGUGAAAAUUGUCUACCUGAAACGCACACUUUCAGAUAGCAAAGAUGUAGAAUCGGUCAGUUAUGAGAAAGAGAUCUCCAACCCACCUGCAAGAUUGAAAUCACCAACAAGGUGGGACCAGUCACCACCUCUGUCAGCAUGCACAGCGACGCCAUCUGUUAGCAGAAAAAGAAAACUCUCAGAUGAUGUUACACCUUCUACAAGCACUCCGUCAAUACCUCAGAGUAGGAAAAGAAAGGUGUCUGAAGAUUCCAACUCCAGUUUACAGCACAGUACACCAGUUAAAAAGGCCUCAUUUAUUGACAUUGAGGUUCCAAGUUGUACACCAAUUGUAGGUGAGAAGAUGAAAACUGGAAAUGAUGAUUCUCCCUCUACCUCAGCAGCAACUCCAGCGAGAAAGUUAUCAAGAAUUAGACGGCUGUCAACUGGAACUGAGAACUUGUUGAGAAAGACUUUGUUGUCAAGUCAGAUGAAGAAUGCUGCAGGGACCCCUCUCAACCAGAGAAUUGUUUCUCAAAUUGAGGGACCUUCUCCCAACAACACUUACGGUUUCAAAGUCAGUCUUCAGAAUUUACAAGAUGCCAAAGCUGUGCAUGAGGUACAACAUCUGACAGUCAUGAGCAUGGAACUUUUUAUCUGGACCAGAGGGGAUCUUAGACCAGACCCAGAAUUUGAUGCCAUAGGUUCAGUGUUUUAUCACAUUCUUAAUGACACCACAGAGACUGAGAAAAGGACAUCAACGGGGGUCAUUAUUGUGGAUCCAGUUUCGGCCAGUUUGGAGCAAGAUGAAGGUCGGAGACUAUCGGCAGAUGCGGCAGGCCCAAGCACUGGAAAGUUGAGCCACAGGGAGAAGACAUUGUUACAGAAGUCUGGAGUCAGUUUGAUGGAGACGUCCUAUGUGAAGGAUGAGAGAGAGUUAUUUGUGAAGUUUCUGGAGCUUUUGAGGAAAUGGGAUCCUGACAUAUUGGUUGGUUUUGAGAUCCAGAUGCUGUCAUGGGGGUACCUCUUGCAGAGGGCUGCCCACCUGGAAGUUAACCUGUGCUCUCUGAUAUCUAGAAUUCCAGGUGAAGACAAAAGGAGUAGCUUCAGUGCAGAGAAAGAUGAGUGGGGAGCAGAUUAUAACUCUGAAAUUCACAUUGCUGGGAGGAUAGUAUUGAAUUUAUGGAGGAUUCUUAGACAUGAGGUGACCUUGAAUAUCUACUCUUUUGAGAACAUUGCAUUCCAUGUACUUCAUAGAAGAAUUCCAUGUUUCUCUUUCAAGCAAUUGACAUCUUGGUAUGGACAUAGGACAGAUUUGUACAGAUGGAGGACUAUUGCUCACUAUGUAACCAGAACUAAAGGAAACAUAGAGAUAAUGCAGCAGCUGGACCUUAUUGAGAAAACCAGUGAAUUUGGCAGGGUGUUUGGUAUAGAGUUCUACCAUGUGCUGUCAAGGGGCUCUCAGUAUCGUGUAGAGUCUAUGAUGCUGAGACUAGCCAAACCAAUGAACUAUGUUGCUGUCUCCCCCAGCGUUCAACAGAGGGCAAAGAUGAAGGCACCAGAGUGUAUUCCACUUACCCUAGAGCCAGAGUCCAGGUUUUAUAGUCACCCAGUUGUGGUGCUGGACUUCCAGUCUCUCUAUCCUUCUAUAAUGAUUGCUUACAACUACUGCUACUCCACUUGUAUGGGCAGAGUGGAUAAGUUGGGAGAGUUUCAAUUUGGCUGCACCUCUCUGAGGGUUACACCAUCAACUCUAAAGAAAAUGAAGAACAGUGUGUCUGUUUCUCCGAGUGGAGUUGCUUUUGUCCAGUCAGAUGUGAGGAAAGGGAUCAUAUCCAGUAUGGUAGAGGAAAUUCUGAAUACAAGACUGAUGGUGAAAAAAGCAAUGAAGAAACACAAGGGGGACAAGGCUUUAGAAAGACUGCUGAAUGCCAGACAGUUAGGCUUGAAACUGAUUGCAAAUGUUACUUUUGGCUACACCUCGGCUAAUUUUUCUGGAAGAAUGCCUUGUGUGGAAAUUGGGGACAGCAUUGUAAGCAAGGCCAGAGAAACUUUAGAAAGAGCCAUCCAAAUGGUAGAGGAGACUGAAAAAUGGGGAGCCAAGGUGGUGUAUGGAGACACUGACAGCUUGUUCAUAUUGCUGAAAGGAAGGACUAAAGAGCAAGCUUUUAAAAUUGGACAAGAAAUUGCAGAUGCAGUCACUGCUGCCAAUCCCAAACCUAUCAAACUUAAAUUUGAAAAGGUGUAUCUGCCAUGUGUUCUUCAGACAAAGAAAAGGUAUGUGGGCUUCAUGUACGAGACAGUAGACCAGAAGGAACCAGUUUUUGAUGCCAAGGGUAUCGAGACUGUGAGGAGAGACUCCUGUAGUGCAGUGUCAAAGAUACUAGAGCGAUCCAUCAAGAUUCUCUUCACCACCCGCGACGUUUCCCAGGUGAAGCAGUAUGUGCAGAAGCAAUGUGUAAAGGUGAUGGAAGGAAAGGCCAGCAUGCAGGAUUUGAUCUUCGCCAAAGAGUACAGAGGAAAAGCAGGCUACAAACCAAUGGCUUGUGUGCCAGCUUUGGAACUGUCAAAGAAAAUGUUGGCAGCUGAUCGUCGUAGUGAACCCAGGGUGGGCGAGCGAGUUCCCUACGUUAUUGUAUACGGCAGCCCAGGUCUUCCACUGAUACAGCUAGUACGUAGCCCUGUGGAGGUUCUUCAAGACUCCAGUCUACGCCUCAACGCUGUCUAUUACAUCACCAAGCAAAUUCUGCCCCCACUGGCAAGACUGUUCUCAUUGAUUGGGGUAGAUGUUUUUUCAUGGUAUCAAGAUUUGCCAAGAGUGAUUAGAGCAGCUCCAGCCAUGGAUAUUGCAAGUGAUACAAAGAAGGGAACAAUCUCCCAGUAUUUCAACAAUAUUAAUUGUCCAGUAUGUGGGGAAUUAACCAAGCAGGGGGUGUGUGGUCAGUGCCAGACUGACCCUCAGACAGCUGUGACCGUGCUGAACAGCAGAAUUCUUAAGUGGGAGAGGACCCAGCAGCAGUUAUUGAAGAUCUGCGGAAGCUGCAUGGGAACUAUGGAUUCUAAUAUGCCAUGUACUUCACUGGACUGUCCAAUACUGUACAGACUUGACAGAGCAACAAAGGAGGUCCAACAGGCCCCAAGGCUAAGACAGGUCAUUGAAGAUAUGUUUUAAAACAUACAGUGGGACAAUUUUUGGAGCUCAACUUUCUUUAAGGUUGGCACCAUAUACAGACAAUGUUUUUGAAGAUUGAAAUUAAGCUUUAAAGGGUAAAAUAAGACAAAUAAAAAACAUUCAUUUUUUAAAGGAGCAGUAUUAAAUACAGAAGAGUCAAGGGUCACAAAAAUAUCAGUCUAAGUGUUAUUGAAGAUGUUUUAAGAUAUCAGUUAAAAUUAAAGUGAAAAAUAACAUCAGAAAUAACUUUUGCCAUAAAACUACCUGUCUUCACAGGUUUGACAUAAAACAGAAGCAUUUUAAGUUGAAAAUCAAGUACAAAUUCACUGGAAAGUUUUUUUUUUUUUUUUUUUUUUUUUUUUUUUUUGUUAAAACUAGUAGCCAGAUUUCACAUUGGAGUUCUAUUCUAUCUGUAUGUCAUAGGCAAGGUUUAAAUCAAGGAAGAUUUUCAAUUGCCUAGGCAAGUUUGCAAUUUCAGUCCUAGGCAAAAUUGAAAUUUCAAACUGGCUUAGGCAGAUUUCAAAUUGGCCCCAGGCAAGAUUGGAAUUUCUAUAUCACCUAGGCAGGUUUAAAAUCAGCCUAGGCCAGAUUGAUAUCCGAAAAUCACAGACAAAAUUAUAAAAAGAUUCAUUACAUCUGUAAUAAAGACACUUUAGUUAUAAAAUCUAUGGUUAAAACAUCUUAUAUUAACUAUCUUGCAUUUAAGGAUCACAAGACAUGCGUUACAUAAUGUUUUGUAAUCCCCCAUUAGCAAGUUAAAUAAAAAUUAAAAAUAAAGCGAGGGCAAUAAAAAUGUUCUUAACCAUAGAUCCUUUAACUAAAAUGGCUUUAUAAUGGAUGUAAGUUAUCUACUUAUAAUUUAAAAUUUUUUAUAUGUUUGCUUUUUAAGUGUCAGCCCAUGAAUAGCAAGCUUCCAAUAUUGUAUACUUCACAGUCUAAUUUUAAGUAUAUAAUUAUAUUAGCCAUGCCAUUUACCCGUAGUAUUUAGGGAGCCUGCUUUGCAGUUUUGUAUGGCACUGGUUGAAAUACUGAACUCUUUUAUGCUUGCAUUCAGGAUGUAUAUAUCCUUUCAAAAAGUUCCCCUCUUUAAAGUGUGCGCACAAUCUAGAUAAGGAUUUUGCUAGCUGUACUUGUCAUCUCUUCAUAAGUUUGAAUAUUCCAGUAUUUUUGUAUUUUUAAGUAAUAUGUAUGUUUUCCAUAAAUGCAAAGAGUAACUAAGGCAGUCUUCCUCUUGGGCAUGAAGAUUUGACAAAAAGGUGAUUGCUUUUAAAAAUUCACAUAAUUUGGAUAUUUCUUAUUUUAUUUAUUUAUUUAAUUGCAAGAAAUGCUAUUGAACCACAUGGUACAAGGUAUAGUAGAUUGGUGAGAAAUAUAUCCCUAUAGAGUAAUCAUGUAUGUAUUAUUUCAAUUGGCCAGUAAUGAUUAAGUUUGUACAUUUUGUGUAAUGUAUCAUCAAGGCUUGAUUUAGAGCACUGUAAAAGCACAAGUAUAUGUAUGGAUAGCGUAUCUAUUAUUAAUAUUAAAAGAACCCAGAAAGAUGCAAUUCAGCUAAAUUCUAUCUUUCGAUUUUGUGUUGAACUAGUUAUUGUCACUGGGAGUUUCAGACUUUACUGGAAGUUAAUUAAAACAUGUUAAGCUGUUCUGGUAUUUUAUAAAUGAACUUGUAGACCUUAAUGGCCUUUGGUUUAAUAGCUACUGCUAAACCUCUAUCAUCAGCAUGGCUCUACCAUUUCCUGUAAACUCUGAAACCGAGGGUGAAUAUUGUUAAAUAUGUUGUAGAUUUUUGUGAGUUUUUUAAUACAGAUUUCAUAUUAUUGUUGGGUGUAAAAUUAUGUGAUAUUCAAGAGUUCUAUUUUGGGUCAUUUUAGCAUUGUAUAAGAUUUAUAUUGUUUAUACAGAGUUUAUAUGGGAAUUGGGGAUUGGUAAUCAUAAAAUUUGAUUGUGGAUUUAUGCCAAAUGUAAAGCCAGUAUGCAUAUAUACAAAUUUAACAAUCAGAAACAUAAUACCAUAUUUGAAAUGGUUUCAUGUCCCAUUAUUUUAGAUUUUAAGGUUUUGGAAUUUGAAAUCAUUCAAUUGGGAUAGUAUACCAAAAAUUGAGGAGCCAGUAAUGUUUAUAAAUAGGAUGAAAGCAUACGUAUGCUAUGGUAUUUAAUUCUUUUUCCUGUUACUUUAAGAUUUUAACAUUUAGACACACUUGGAGUUUGGUCUUACAAUUUGUUAAUAUUUAUGGAAUAUAACUUCACUUAUUUUAGGGUUGGGAUUGGGACUAAGCAAUUUUUUUGUAAUAAUUUGUAGCAAGGUGCUUUGCAAUUGUUAUACAUGUUGACAUAUUGGGGAAUAGAGGCAGCACUCAAGUUUCAGUGGAUCAAUAAUAACAUUCUCAGUUCAUCAACCUUGAUGGCAAUUUCUA